UACUUGCUGCCAUCCUCAUCUUCUUUUUAGGGCUCCCUCUCUUCCGGGUGAGGACUGAGGAGGCCUAGCUCUUCCUUGGCUUCUCCCAAACAUCUGUUAAAUUGGAACAAAUUUGUCAUUCUGGAUAGUGAUUUCCUUUUCGGGUGGCAUCACUCAUUGGAGCUGCAUCGGUAAGGAUUCUAGAGGGAGUCUGGUGAUUGUUUUCUUGAACAAUGGAGGCUGAUCCUUGGAGCCGAUUGUUUUCUGCUUCUUCGAAGCGACAUCAGUUAUGCCCGCAAUCCAGAUAUGAUCUCCACCUUGGCGCAGAAGAGGUUGAUGGAAUUGAAGACGACUCUUGUGCGGAAUUUUUCUGCCCGUUUUGCUCUGAGUAUUUCGAUAUCGGAGUGCUUUGUAGUCACAUCGAUGACGAGCAUCCUCAGGAAGCUAAUAGUGGGAUUUGUCCGAUAUGUGGAUCAAGAGCUGGUGUGGAUUUGGUUGGUCACCUUACAAUGGAACAUGGAAAUUUCUUUAAGAUACAUAAGAGUAGAAGGUUCCGGAGAGGCGCCUUGGGUUCUCAUUCUACGCUUUCCCUCCUGAGAAAGGAACUGAGGGAAACUAAUGCACAAGCCCUUCUUGGGGGUUGGUCCCAUUCAAGUGCCCCUCUUUCUGCAGCACCAGAUCCGUUGUUGUCAUCAUUGAUUUACACAUUACCUGUAGCUAAUUCUUCAAAUGACAUGCCACCUGAACCUGAAUCUCUGGAUGAGGGAGCCUUUACUAGUGAACAUUCAGAGAAAAAGGCUGUUGAAAGCUCCAUACAAUGUUUAUCUGACAAGGAGCAGGAGGAAAGAAUCCGGAAGUGUGAUUUUGUUCAGGGGCUUGUCCUCUCCACAAUAUUUGAGGACAUCGAUUGAGUAGUGUUCCUAGUUCUUUCUGAUGGUGGCUUACUUAAUUAGCUUCAGCAAGACGUGAUAAUAUCAGAACUGCAAAUUGUAGCUAUCUGCUGCUCAUUGAUCUCUUUCUUCGAGAAAUAAGCGUUUUAGAUGAUGAGAGCUGUUAUGUGUUUAAAGCUCUUUAGAAAGAGAAACAUGUUAUAUUAUGUGUUAUAUAUGUUGUAUUUUUACUAUGAAACUUUAAUAAAAUCAUCCUUUGAGCACGAGUUAUCUGGCUCGUGGCUCGUGGCUUUCACUA